GCGCUCCUGACGGCGACCAUUUCCUCCUCCUCCUCCUAGUCUCCUACAAUGAGUCCAUGAUCCAUGCCUGCUAGCUGCUGCGCCGGUCUUUCUCAAUCACCACUCUGAGCUAACAUCGCAGCUGUCAUGUCGACGGAACCGUCCUGGCCGUCUCUGUACAACUGGGCCAUCGAAAUAUUCCCUAUCGAGGGCAAGGAUCCUGUGCAGCCAGAAGGUUUCUACCUGUACGACCGUACUCAUAUAUUCCGCUUCACGCUCUACUGGACGCUGGUGUUCUACACGCCAGCCUAUAUCCUCUGCGCUUCGUACGCCUUCCUGAACCUCACCUUCCCGCCGACGAGGAUCCCGCGACGAAGUCCGCGCACUCGCUCUAGAUCGUCCUUCGGAUUCCCCUUUCCCUCUUCAUACUUUGCUCCUGCACCCCCUGUGACCAGCAACGAGAUCCCUCUUCUGGAGGCGGUGCCCAAUAAUGUCCCAAGGAAUACUCAGGCACAGGCUGCACUUGCCUAUCGAUACCGCGCCCUGUUCAAACCGAACGAACGGCGCUCUCGGUUGGCCGUUGCCCUUCUGGUCUUCCUUGCCUUCACGGUCUUCUCCGUCGCGGGCGCGGUCAUAGGUUCUGUGAUUAUUGGCUACUUGUUGGCGGCUCUUUUCAAGGCGGGAGGAUACAACAUGUCCACUUGGAUGCCUUUUCUCGCCGGCCUGUUACAAGCUUUAGUGGGCCUCCUAGGGCUGUGGCCCUCGGUCAUUGACUUCAUUUGAGCCUGCGGGACUAGAACAACGACGCUCAGGUA